GCUCCAGCAGUAGGCGCGCCGUGCAUGCCAGAGGAGAGCGCAAGGCAGGCGGGCGGGCGGGCAGGGCGCAGCCUCCUCUUCUCCGUCUCUCCUUCUGCUCUCUUGCCGCGCCAAUCCAUGAAAAUGCUCUGGAAACUGACGGAUAAUAUCAAGUAUGAGGAAUGCGAGGACCGCCACGAUGGCACCAGCAACGGAACCGCCCGGUUACCCCAGCUGGGGACUGUGGGCCAGUCCCCCUACACCAGCGCCCCUCCGCUCUCCCACACCCCCAACGCCGACUUCCAGCCCCCCUACUUCCCCCCGCCCUACCAGCCCAUUUACCCCCAGUCCCAAGACCCCUAUGCCCACGUCAACGACCCCUAUAGCCUGAACCCCCUGCACGCCCAGCCGCAGCCGCAACACCCCGGCUGGCCCGGGCAGCGCCAAAGCCAGGAGACGGGGCUUUUGCACACCCACCGGGGCCUCCCCCACCAACUCUCCGGCUUGGACCCGCGAAGGGAUUACCGGCGGCACGAAGACCUUUUGCAUGGACCUCACGGACUCAGCUCAGGGCUAGGAGACCUCCCCAUCCACUCGAUACCUCACGCCAUAGAAGACGUCCCGCACGUCGAAGACCCGGGCCUGAACAUCCCAGAUCAAACUGUAAUUAAGAAAGGUCCGGUCUCCCUGUCCAAGGCGAGCGUCAACGCGGUCUCGGCCCUGCCCCUCAACAAGGAGGCGCUCUUCGGCGGCGUGGUGAACCCCAACGAGGUCUUCUGCUCGGUGCCCGGCCGCCUCUCGCUGCUCAGCUCCACCUCCAAGUACAAGGUCACGGUGGCCGAAGUGCAGCGGCGCCUCUCCCCGCCCGAGUGCCUCAACGCCUCCCUGCUGGGCGGGGUCCUCCGGAGGGCGAAGUCAAAAAAUGGAGGGAGAUCUCUGCGAGAAAAACUGGACAAAAUAGGAUUAAAUUUGCCAGCCGGGAGACGUAAAGCUGCUAAUGUUACCCUACUGACAUCACUAGUAGAAGGAGAAGCAGUUCAUCUCGCCAGGGAUUUUGGUUACGUCUGUGAGACAGAAUUUCCUGCCAAAGCGGUAGCUGAAUUUCUCAACCGACAACAUUCCGAUCCAAACGAGCAAGUCACAAGAAAAAACAUGCUUCUAGCUACGAAACAGAUCUGCAAGGAGUUCACCGACCUGCUGGCUCAGGACCGCUCUCCGCUGGGCAACUCGCGCCCCUCGCCCAUCCUGGAGCCGGGCAUCCAGAGCUGCCUGACCCACUUCAACCUCAUCUCGCACGGCUUCGGCAGUCCGGCCGUCUGCGCCGCGGUCACCGCCCUGCAGAACUAUCUCACCGAGGCGCUCAAGGCCAUGGACAAAAUGUACCUCAGCAACAACCCCAACAGCCACACGGACAGCAGCGCCAAGGGCGGCGACAAAGAGGAGAAGCACCGGAAAUGAA